AGACGCUCAUUAACGAACAUCAAUGUAUUUCUGCUCCGCUACAAUUGUUGUGUUGUUGCUAGACUACUGAUGCCAGAGAAAUAGCCGGAGAAACAACAUCAAAGGAUUUAUGAAAGAAGACUAUUCAAUUAUAUUUCCAUUUCUGCAUCGUUUAUUCCCGAGCAACGGUGUAAUACGAGAGAUUGUAGGUGUCUGAUGUGCUCGUAACGAAAUCUAAAAUCAUCGCUUGGGGUAGGCUAUAGCUGCGAGGCUAUUGUUGCUUUCGUGUCGUUUUGAGGACAGGCAUUUGAUUAUAUUUUGAUCUCAAAGUAAGAGGUGUUUAUUUUAUUUUAUAUCUCUACCAAAUGCUUGUUUUUUCCCCGCAGCUAUAGCUAAGGCAACGUAGCGAAAUGAAGCACAGGAAAAUGACAAGAACUCGCAAGGAGAGGUUCUCCAACUGUCCGAUUUCUCCAAAGAGAGAUUAGUUUAUCAUUUUAUAAUCUGUAUCCAACUUCAACGAUGUCUCUCGUGGCCAGCGAUAUCCCGACGGACGAAGACCUAGAAGAUCUGGUCGAGGAUGGACUUUCUCUUGCUACCUACAUAUCAGACUCUGGAAAGAAAGCCAGAAAAAAGAAGCUGUCUGGUAAACCUCCCCCUUCUCCCAGGUCUCCGUAUCUCUCCAGUAUGGAUGUGAACCAGAGGAGAUCUGCGGUGUCAGCUUGGAGGCCCCUGAGAGGAACUCUGGGGGAGAGGGGGGAGGCCCUAGCGGGGAGAGGUGACACUCUGUUGGAGAGGGGUGAGGCAGCUCGGAACCCCAGAGAGAACUGUCUGGCUUCGCUAAGCAACGGACACGGUCUGUCCCAGUCUCUGAGAGUUGACUUUGACACAACACACACCUCAGCCUGUCUCUCCUCUUCUCCCUGCACUCCAGAGUAUCUCCAACAGGCUCUUGGCAUUAAGAAACCCAAACACCUGCACUCCUCAUCCAAUGACUACAGAGAGAAGGAGGACAUGUACGAUGAGAUCAUCCACCUCAAGAAGAGUCUUCAGGCCCAGAAGUCCGAGAAGGACAGGAUGAAGGCCAAACUACGGCGUCUGGAGGAGGACAAAACUAAGAAAGACAAGCAAAUAGAACAGCUGUUGGAUCCCACCAAGGGACCGGAGUACACACUGAGUCUGGUGGACAAGAAACACCAGGGGAGCCUGGUUGUUAAUGGACUGAAACAGAGAAUCCUGAAGCUGGAACAGCAGUGUAGAGAGAAGGAGAACACUGUGACCAAACUGCAGAGUGAGCUGCAGACCACUAAUCUGGAGGAGUUGAAGAUCACAGUGGAGACCUACUUUGAGGAGAUUCAGAGACUGAGGAUGAUAUUGGAUGCAACAGAGAAAAGCAGUAGAACAGAGAGUAAAGGUUCUCAGAGGAAGCAGAAGGUUCUAAGCUCUACGGUUCUGCGUCUAUCAGAGAACCUUAAACAGCUACAGCAGGAGAACCACACACUGAAAGAGGAACUCAACACAGACAGCCCAGCCAGUGGGCUGAAAGCCUACAAAGACUGGAGCAGACAGAGAGUGUUGAGGAGACUGGUGGAGCUGGAGAGGAGGUUAGAGGAGGGGAGCAGAGCCCCGGCCAGGAGGAGUGGGGUGGACAGACUGGUCCAGACGGACCACCACACCACACCCACGGAGACAGGGGUUGCUACGUCGCCGGGGAUAACCACCAUAACAACGGAAGGGGGCGUUGCAGUGGUAAACACCCAACAGGAAGGGGAGGGGUUUGUCCCUCUGAAGGGGUGUGUCAGACAACUGGAGCAGGAGAAGGCGGAGCUACAGGAGACGCUGACCGAUAGAGAACAGGAGCUGAGACGACUGAUGGCCGAAUCUUCUGUUUUCAGACAGGAGCUGAGACGACUGAGGGCUGAAAGAGAGCAGGAAGAGAAAGAGACGGAGAGGAGGAAGAAUGAACGAAGGAGUGAACAUGAGAAGGAAACACGACUCCACCUACUGGAGAUAGAACAGCUGACCGUGAAGAUACAGUCUCUGGAGGAGGAGAAGAAGAGAUGGACUGAAGAAGAACAGAACCAGGAGAACCGGAAGGAGAACCCAGCAGGGAGGGAGGAGAAGGAAAGAGAGGAGAGGGAAGAACAGAACCAGGAGAACCGGAAGGAGAACCCAGCAGGGAGGGAGGAGAAGGAAAGAGAGGAGAGGGAAGAACAGAACCAGGAGAAGGAAAGGGCAGCUAGGGUGAUCCAGAAAGAGUGGCUGGAGCACAGAGAAAGGGACACAGUGUUGGUCCAGUCAGCAAUAAGAGGACAUCUCCUCAGACAGAGCCAGAUAGCUCACCUCCGAGACACACACACCAGCACUCUCAGCAAGAAUGGCCAAUCACAGCGCGGCAGUGAUGUUACCUCCCGUGUGGAGGAUGGGGAGCUGGUUGCCGUGACGCUGAUCCAGUCUGUGUUCCGAGGUCACCUGACACGCAGCGCACUAAUGACGGAGAGCUCUGAGUCUCCAGCCUCUCCUCCCUGUGGACCCACACCAGCUCCUAGAAGAGUCCCCUCUGCCCCUUCAACACACACUCCCAGCAACACAGCCCUUCCAGGCAGUGAUGUAGAUGAAGAUGUAACGGAGCUGAGUGAGGAAGAUCCCUGGCCUGUCUCUAACACACUGUCCAACAGGAGGAGACUCACACCAGCCCAACUACAGCUCCACCCACCUCCAGAUUCCAAGGUUGCUAAGGCGAUGGACUCUGAGGAUUCCGACGAUGACAUCAUCGUGUCUCCGUCUCGUCUCGUAGGAAGGAGAGAAGAAAUCUACUUCUAGACCAGAGCAUUGCACUAUGGGAUAUGAAGUGUGUGUGUGUGUGUGUGUAGCUGGGUAUGCAGGCUUUUACUCCAGCCCUACACCAGAUUCAAUCAAGGUCCAGAGGAGAUGCUGAUAAGUAGAACCAAGUGUGUUUUGGUAGUGCAGGGCUGGAACGAAGUCCUGCACAUGCAGUAGCUCUCCGGGAGGGGAGUGGUUGUUGGUGUCAGGGCUCUAAUAAUAAUGAUAAUGAUAAUAAUGAUAAUCCUGAACAUAUCCAGGAGGGUUUCUUGGCCAGCUCUCUGCCCAAUAAAUCUCCGUUCUGAUACAGAUCGUUUUUUAUGUUGCCAAAGUGCCUGAGUGCUGUAUAUAGAUUAUUGAUGGUCAUAAACAAAGUUAUAAAUCAUGGAGUUUAUUGGAGAAUGAGCGACUUUUAAAACAUGUCUAUCAAUAUAAACACUGCUGAUUCAAACUGUGAAAUUAUUAUCAUAUUCUACUGCAAUAUGACGCUCAGAGGAGAGUGUGUGCGCGCGUGAUCGUGCCUUGAAUUGUGUUUAUUAUAAUAGCUGUAAUCCAUGAAAAUAAUGUUUUAUCUGAUUAAAUGAGUAUCUUUCCUUGUAUGGUAAAACA